AGUUGCUGGUCACUCCGGACAAGGAAAGGAACAUUGCUCAUGCUCGGAAAUUGAUAGAAGAUGCAGCAAGGAAGGGUGCGAAGCUGGUUGUGUUACCUGAAAUAUGGAAUUGUCCUUUAUCACUGAAGAACUUGUCAAAGUAUGCGGAGGAUAUAGAUGCUGAAGCUGCAUGCCCAUCAAUCUCAAUGCUAUCAGAAGUUGCUUUUCGUAAUGGAAUCACGCUAGUAGGUGGAUCAAUACCUGAACUGUCUGCAGGUCAAUUAUUUAACACAUGUUGUGUUUUUGGACCAGAUGGGAAGUUAAAGGCCAAGCAUAGAAAACUGCAUCUGUUUGAUUUUGAGGUCCCUGGAGAGGUUGCCUUCAGGGAAUCUGAUUUUCUUACAGCUGGAGAGGAACCUACCAUUGUGGACACAG